AUGAGCAUUGCUGUCUUACGUGGAUACACACAAGCACAGGAAACCUCGGCUUGGAAAUCUCCAACUGGACGACAUUCACUUCGGUGUAUACAAGGCGGAGUUAAACUGAUCUCGCAGGACCAAGUACCAUUCAAAAUCUGCGCAGGCGAUAGUUGUCAAAUCUACAAGACGCCGCAAUUGUUAGAAAUGGUCAAAUUCCCUCUUCAAGUACUGCUACAUGAGCACCAAGUUCAGUGGAAAUUCGUGGAUAACACUUCAGUUAGCAUCAUCGAAACCACGUGCCCUCUGUCACCAUUCUGCGAAAAUAUCGACUGCAUACUAUGUUCCGCAAUCGUUUUUGAUCCGGAAUGUUGGCCGGUCGGUGCUAUUACGGCUUCAACUCUGAUAAUCUACUUCCUCAUCACUGGAUGUUACUUCUUCCUGUACGUCCCGGUAGUGAUCGGACAACCGUUGCGAUUCGCUACGCGACUCCUUUGGAAAUGCAUAAGGGGAUUUUGCUUUUGGUUAUUCCAAAGGCUUCAGAGGAACCGAAGAACUCGUCGACACUCAAGCAAUCUAGUUGAACUUCUAGCAGUAACCUGCAUUAUCAUCGCGAUCAACAGAACAAGUGGAUUCCAAGAAAUUAACUUGUUCUCUCAUGCCUCGACAAUCUGCACACAAUCAGAAAGAGGACAAGUCUGCAAGGUAAAAUGGUCAGAAGUCCUCAAAAUUGACCCCUUCAAGAGAGAAGCAUGUUUCAAGCUUCGACAGAACCAAACAUCGAUCCACGAGGUUCGAAUCAUGUAG